CGAUGAUAUUCAAGAUCAUAUUCAAUCGGAUACACCAAGCCAGCUAUUGACGGUCACCAUGGCACUGGCGGCCUUGGCCUCGCUGACUGAUGAGCUCAUUACUACGGUUGCCAGAGUUGCCCCUGAGCAAAAGGAUUCUCCGCGCGUUCAGAGUAUUAAGCGCCGCGUGGAGGCUGCACUACGUCCAGGUACCCAUGGACGGAUAAACCAAUUUGAAGUGAUUCGCCAGCUCGAGGGCCUUCAGGAGAAAUUCCAAGUCUUGAAUCGAGACGAGCUGGCUGCAGCUCUGCAUAAUCGCCUUACCGAGUUACAGGGUUACCCGAAUGCAUGGCAUCCCGAAAUUCUGAGCUUGUUGGUGCAACUCUCAGAUCGUCCUGCUCAACUAGCAAAAAUUAAUCGAUCGGCGACGCCGCUCAACGCAAAUCAAGCCCCCGAGCAGCCGUUGUCAUGGGCUGACCUCGAUGCUAGCGGGGCCGCCUUCGGCGACGAAGAUAUCUGGGAGGAGGUUGAUUUCGACCCCAGCUCCUCAGGCGAUGACUUUGAUUCUUUUACCAGUGAGGUCUCUCUCACCCGAGGGACGCCCCAAACACCCCCUGCGUCAGAGGAAGAGUAUGUAAUUCCGGACGCGGUGUUUGUCUCGGGCGAAGAUGAAGACCUUAUCACUUCUAUGGAGAAGGCUCAGUUUUGGAAGCCUGAGAACAAACCUCCUGUUUCCAGAGGGAAAGAGGAGGCGUCCUGUCCUAUCACUGAAUUGCAAUUAGCCAGAGAAGCGAUAUUCAUGCUGCAAGGCUUACCGACGUCGAUCUUCUGGCGUUUCGAUAAUGAUAUUGAAGUAGACCGCAGCUACAAACUUGCACACUCAUCCCAUACGGCUCUUCUAUCGUUGUUGGAGUUUUUCACCGAGACUGGCUCAAAGAUUGACACCCUUCGGCGAUUCACCGCAGCUCCCCAGUCGAUAGCCUACAUGCAGACAUUCUGCCGAGGCGUCGAAGACCGUCUGCACGAGUUCGAUGGGUUUCUCUCCAAGGUCCAAUCUAGCUAUCUCUCUGCUGGCUCGAUAGUUAGUCUCCUUCAAUUGAGUGACGAUGUUCGCCAAUUUUCUCAUCAACUGCUGCUUUUAUCCGACCUGGUUGCAAAGUUGGAGAAGAACUCGACGGAUCGACCAAUGCGAUGCCUCGACCUAUUGUACAACUUGGUAUGCAUGACAGAAGCUCUGGGCGACGAGGAAACCACAAGAACACUCGCAAUCUUGUUCUUCUCAUGCUUCAAAACUUAUACAAGGUCAAUCCAACUUUGGAUGGAAUCUGGUCAAGCUGAUUCCACCGACACAGCUUUCUUUGUGAAAUUGAAAAGUGACAAUGGUGAUCUGCGGACAUUGUGGCAUGACUGGUACGAGAUUGAUGAGGGACACCGAGGAGAGAAUAUUCCUCAAUUUCUGGAGCCUAGUCUUCUCAAGGUCUUUACUACUGGCAAGAGCAUGGUCUUCCUGCGCCACCUGAAUGCACUUCCAGACCGUUCUCAGUCAGCAAUCCAGGCGGACACGAUAUUCGAUGAUGUGUAUGCCGAAUCAACACAUACGGCUCUUCCUUUUUCUGCACUAGUCGAGUCUGCGUUUGACCGCUUGGUAGAUCUCAAUCACUCGGCCAGCGCGGGUCUUCUGCGGACAGAACUUUAUGAACAGUGUGGAUUUUGGUUGUCUUUCGACGCCCUGCAACACGUCUAUCUUGGCCAGGACCUGAGCAUCAUCGGCAUGAUCGACACUAAGGUCUUCGAGCUGAUGGACCGCGGCCGAUCAUGGGAUGACAAGUUCCUGCUGACCGAGGUGACAAGGUCCGCAUUUAGCGCAAUGCCAAAUAUGGACCUAUCAAGACUGGUUGUACGAUCGAAUGGCUCUUCCUCCCAUGACACUCACACCCUUACCCGAACUGUCGAUAUCCUCGAAACUAUCUCCAUCGACUACGUACUUCCAUGGCCCGUGGCAAACAUCGUCACACAGGACGCCAUCCACGCCUACCAGCGAAUCUCGACAUUCCUCAUGCAGAUCCGCCGCGCAAAGUAUGCCCUUGUCAAGCAGCGCUUACGAGACGGACGCGGUGUAACACCGGGUGACCGAGAUGGAGCCCUUGUGCACAGUCUGCACCACAAUCUACUCUGGGUUUUCGAUACCCUCUACGCACACCUUACCUAUUUCGUAAUAUCAACCGGAAACCAAUCUCUACACCAGGCUCUCUCCAAUGCCGAGGACGUAGACGCCAUGAUCACCGCACACGACUCCUACAUCUACUCACUGGAAGACCAAUGUCUCCUAUCCAACAAUCUCUCUCCAAUCCACGAGGCUAUCAUCAACCUCCUGGAUCUCUCCAUCCACUUCGCAGACCUACAGACCGUCCACGCAGCCGAGGAAGGAAUGUUUGAUCAAGGCGAUGCUAGCAUGCUGAAUACACUACGGCGAAAGAGGAGUGACGAAGAUAACUCGGACUCGGAUUCAGAUGAAGACAAUGACUUUGAGCAUGAGCAAACAUUGACUAUCUCAUUCCGCGAUUCGCCAUAUGCUCUCCAGAUACGAAAUGUCAAGCGUCAGUUUGAUCAUUUGAUGAACUUUGUGGCAGAUGGGCUGAAAGGUGUUGCUCGCGCUGAUGGUCUGCCUAGCUGGAACAUUUUGGCAGAGCGUCUGGAAUGGAGAAAGAGCUGA